AUGCAUAUUAUCUGCAGUUUCAAAGCCAAAGCAGGCUUCCUUGGAGUCUUCGGAACAAUCGGCGGGAGCCGCAUCGUUUGCAAGGGGCUUCAUGGCAAGGAGGCCCAGUCGUAUGACAACCGAAAUGAUUCUCUGUACCUUACACCCUAUAUCGAGCAAGAUAGAAUCGAAGAAGCGCUGACGGAGAGCCGAGUCGGACUUUUCAAGAGUCAACUGGGAGCAGAGGCUUAUUCGGGCUACGUCACUGUCAACAAGGAGUACGACAGCAACUUGUUCUUCUUGUACAUACGAGCAAAGAGGAAUCCUUCCGAUGCACCUCUACUACUCUGGCUACAAGGCGGACCCGGACUGUCGUCGCUGUUCGGCCAGUUCCUGGAAAUCGGACCUCUCGCCAUUGACGGCCAAGGAAAGACUUUCCCUCGAAAGCCCACACUUCAGAAAAAUAUGAACAUGAUCUUCCUCGACCAACCUGUGGGUUCUGGGUAUAGUUACACAAAAAGUCAAAAUGGGUACGCUAAAAACCUGGACGAUGUUGCCACGAGCAUCACGGAGUUCCUCAGGCAGUUCCUUAAGAUGUUCCCAGAGUUCAAUGGUCGAGAUUUUUACGUCGGCGGAGAAUCUUAUGGAGCAAGGUUCGCAGUUGGCAUCGUCCACAGCCUCUUCACGGAAAACAAUCCUGAAAUUCCGCUCAACGUCAAGGGUCUGAUCUGCGGCGCCGGAUUUCUGGGCCCCCUUUUGGAAGUAGCCGAUUCCCACGAGUUUCUUUUCGAAGUGUCGAUGCUUACCUCUGAAGGCCGAGACGAAUUUGCUUCGCGGUUCGAAUUCAUCAGAACCCUAGCCGCGACCAACCAGACCGUGGCAUUACUUUUGCUGUUGCAGACAGUAUUUACCUCAGACACAAACCCUACCCUCUUCCAACAACUGACCGGUUACGACAAUCAAGCGAGCGCCCUCUACGCCACAAAACCGGCCAACAUGUUAGCCUACGAAAAGUACGUCCAGACGAAGGAAUUCAAGAAGGCCGUUCACAUCGGGGAUUCGGUUGUUUUUCAACAGGACAUGUUUGCUGUCAUGUUUGGGCUUUUGAACGACUAUCUCGCUAACAUCGACGCGGAAAUUGAAGAGCUCUUGGACACCUACAAGGUCCUCUUCUACUACGGACAGAUGGACAGCCUGUUCCCUGCGGUCCAUCAGAAGGCGUUCGCACGUUCUUUGAACUGGACUGGCUCCGACGUGUUCCGGAACGCAAACCGUCAGACGUGGAGAGCUGGCAAUUCGGCUGUGAAGCUGUUGGGAUACAAGACAACGGCUGCCCAGUUCACCGAGAUCGUAUUGCUUAAGGCAGGUCAUUACGCUGCCGUGGACGAGCCGAGGGCGACUUAUUAUAUGAUGAGUGAUUUCUUCAAUGCGCAAGCACCGUAA